AUUCAACAUAGGCUACCUGCGAGACCCGUUCUCAUCAUCCGCCAAUGUGACUGUAAUGGGAAUAAAACAAACUUUUUGUUAACAAAUCAUUCGACGCCUUUUUAAAGCACAUGGUCCUCGUACCACCACAGCAUCGGAUUAUUCACAAACAGCGGAGAAAUUAGACGUAUUGUUGAUUAUUAAAAAUGUCCAUAUUACCUUUCACGCCUCCUGUCGUGAAGAGACUGUUGGGCUGGAAGAAGGGCGAGCAGAACGGACAGGAGGAGAAAUGGUGUGAGAAGGCAGUAAAGAGUCUGGUGAAGAAGUUGAAGAAGACGGGACAGCUGGACGAGCUGGAGAAGGCCAUUACCACCCAGAGUAUCAACACGAAGUGCAUCACUAUACUAAGGUCUCUGGAUGGCCGUCUGCAGGUAUCUCAUAGAAAAGGCCUCCCUCAUGUGAUCUACUGCCGACUGUGGCGCUGGCCUGACCUGCAGUCCCACCAUGAGCUGCGUGCCAUAGACCUGUGUGAGUUUGCCUUCCACAUGAAGAAGGACGAAGUGUGUGUAAACCCUUACCACUACCAGCGUGUGGAGACACCAGUUCUGCCUCCAGUCCUGGUUCCUCGGCACACUGACAUCCCCACAGAAUUCCCUCCGCUGGAUGAUUACUCCAUUCCUGAGAACACCAUAUUCCCUGCCGACAUUGAGCCUCCGAGCAACUAUAUUCCGGAGACACCUCCUCCAGGGUAUCUGAGCGAGGAUGGGGAAACCAGUGACCAUCAAAUGAACCACAGUAUGGACACAGGUUCCCCGAGCCUUUCACCCAACCCUGUCUCACCCACAAACAACAACUUAGACCUGGAACCGGUAACAUACUGUGAAUCUGCGUUCUGGUGUUCCAUCUCCUACUACGAGCUGAACCAGCGUGUGGGCGAGACCUUUCACGCCUCUCAACCAUCUCUGACAGUAGACGGCUUUACGGACCCCUCUAACGCAGAGCGAUUCUGCCUGGGCCUGUUGUCCAACGUGAACCGCAACGCUGCUGUGGAGCUCACGCGCAGGCACAUCGGCCGAGGUGUGCGCUUGUAUUACAUCGGAGGCGAAGUGUUUGCAGAGUGUCUGAGCGACAGCGCUAUUUUCGUCCAGAGUCCAAACUGUAACCAGCGUUACGGCUGGCACCCUGCCACAGUGUGUAAGAUUCCUCCCGGCUGUAAUCUGAAGAUUUUCAAUAAUCAGGAGUUUGCCGCUCUGUUGGCUCAAUCAGUGAAUCAGGGGUUUGAAGCGGUGUACCAGCUCACCCGCAUGUGCACCAUCCGCAUGAGUUUCGUCAAAGGUUGGGGGGCGGAGUACAGGCGGCAAACAGUGACCAGCACACCCUGCUGGAUAGAGCUGCAUCUCAACGGCCCCCUGCAGUGGCUGGACAGGGUGCUCACUCAGAUGGGCUCUCCAAACCUCCGGUGCUCCAGCGUGUCAUAGGACGAACCCUCGAGUACCCAAUACCCAACAAAUGACACCCAGAUGACACCCCUCUGUGCUGCUGUACACCAAAAGCAGCACAGUAAACAAACGGAGCAAAACCAAGGACAGGAUGAUGAACACCUGCAGGACUUUCUAGAUUGUCGCUCGUAUCAGACAGAUCUUAGUUUAUGCACUUUUAAUGACACUCAUGGAUCAUGAAUGAUAUUUCCACAGUGCGAACAGUGAUGAGGCACUCGCUUCAUUGUGAACUUAAAUAUUACGUGUGUUUAUGAAACUGCAAUGUUGUCAAUUUUUGUUUUGAUCAACAAAUUAUCACGCAUUCAGUGAAAUACCUGGCUUGGUCUGAAGGUGUGAGUUAGGCUCGUAAUAUGAUUGCUUAUAAUCAUAGUCAUCCUCAUGGGGGCCUAGUACACAUUUCUUGACGUACGACCAGAUAAGCCUUUUAAAGAGUGCUCUGUUUCCAUGACCUUCAGUGAAGGGCCCUUGUAUGAACUUGUUAGCCUGGUGGCUAGCUGUCAGCUAGCUGCUUGUUUAAGCUGCUUUGUCUAGCUGUGGUUGUGCUUCCUGUUGCACAGCACCGAAUUGGUCCGUACAUUGUGUCUGCGACCCGUGUCGGUCUCGCUUGCACAUUCGACAAGCUUUGUAAACGUCUAUCGGGGAAUCUAUUUUUAAAACAGGUACCUAGUUUAGGGUAGCACAGGCAUGAUGAUAAAAAGCACUUGAUGAUGAAGUGAACAAGACAUUAGCAUUGGAAUUUUGUCAGUGACAAACGUAGUAGUCGAUAGUGCCAUUGUAUUUCUUAAUUUAAAGAUGGUUUCUGUUUGAAUUUUGCUCGGUAAGGCAAAUCAAGACAAUUUCGUAUUGAGUAUUUUUGCAUAAACUGAAUGGAAAUUGUGAAGUAUAUUUUUACUGUGCUCCUAAAUAGAGUAUUGACAUAAGAUGGUGUGGUUGCAUCAACAGGUGUCCAUCACUGUCAUAGGAGACACAGCACCAGUUCUAUAAAGUAAAAAUGCACAAUGGACACACGUAGAACAACAAUGAAUACCGGUUAUACAGAGUGAAUUAUAUUUUUGUUCUCUUCAGGAUUGCUCAGCCAUACUCCUCACAUUGUUUACUAGAAAUCUAUCCAUUUUUGUCUUAAUGUUGGCACAUUAAAAGGAUGUUUUAAACUCAGGACCACCCGUCCACAGAGCUCACGCAACAACAAACAUUUCAUAUUUCUAUGUACUACAAUAUUUUACUAUCAGUACUUUGAGCAUGGUUAGGACAAAAUUGACACUUGUAUUUUACAACAUGUUUUUUUUUGUGGAAAAGCGGGGGCAAGUACUGCUGGCAGCUCUUGGAAUGCUUGUGCUGUUAUACAAAGGAUACUUAAUAUGUAAUAGCUGGAUUUUCUUGUUUCGAGCCAAAUGGCUUAUUUUUGUAUUGGCUUUGAACGUUGUUUUCCAUGGCUGGAUUUCAGAGUUUAGCUAUUGAUUCAUUGCAUGGAUUGAAGAUGAAUUCUUAGCAGAUAAACAGUUGCUGGACUCUGGAAGGAGUACAUUGCUCAUGGAAAUAUCAAAGCUCUCUGCUUGCUUUUAAAAAUCGGUUGUAUUGUCUGGAACCUGAUCAAAUGCAUAUUUUAUGGAACAAUUCUUGUAAUGUUUUAUCCCCACUGGCUGACCUUAUGUUGCUGUAUAUCUUAUGCUGACACCUCCUCUAUAACUCAACAGGCUCAAAGCACAAGGUGAACUAUUGCGGUUAUUUAGAUGCCUUUCCUUUUCUUGGAAUAUUGAUAUUAAAGUGUCAUGUUUUUGUCACGCACUCUUGAUUUGGUGAAAUGACCCAUCUUAGUUUCAGUACAUUAAUAUUCUUUAACUGGUGCUGUUAGCCCUGAAAUACCAUUUCUGUAUACUCACAUUUCCUUGCAUCCGCUGUUGUAUUGCCUUUAAUAAUUUAAUAAUAAAAUGUGUUUGAAACAAGAUCUUUGUUAAAGC